CUUCCUGGUUGAGGUUCCAUUGGUUGUGGGAUAAGACGUCACAUUGUUAAGAGUCGUCUCAUUGGCUGCCGCGCUGACGCCUCUUCCUCAAGUCUGUCCUAGUGGAGCAGCCGUGAAGGUGAAUCAGGUCCCCGUCUAACUUUCUGCCUGUCUCCCAGUCUGAUUUCCGGAAGCCCCGCAGCUGUCCUCCCGUUUCCUCUCCGCAGUCAUGUCCGAGUUCGGUGACGUCCCGCAAGCGCCCCCGGUGGCUGUCUUCAAGCUGUCCGCCGACUUCCGCGACGACAGCCACCCACAGAAGGUGAACCUCGGCGUCGGAGGAACCGAGGGUGAUUUGGCGUGUUCUCCCUCAGCCUACCGCACAGAUGACUCUCAGCCGUGGGUUCUACCGGUGGUGAAAAAGGUGGAGCGUCUAAUCGUGGACGACGCCACCCUGAACCACGAGUACCUCCCCAUCCUCGGCCUGCCAGACUUCCGUUCGGCCGCCUCCAAGGUCGCCCUGGGCGAAGACAGUCCCGCCAUCAAGGAGGGGAGGGUGGGUGGAGUACAGGCUCUGGGUGGCACGGGCGCCCUGAGGAUCGGUGCAGAGUUCUUGCGGCGUUGGUACAAGGGCGUCAACAACACGGCCACGCCUGUUUAUGUGUCUACGCCCACCUGGGAGAACCACAAUGCUGUGUUUGCCGAUGCUGGGUUCAAGGACAUCCGUCCGUACCGCUACUGGGACGCCACCAAGAGAGGCCUGGACCUUAGCGGCCUGCUUGAAGACCUUGAGAAAGCUCCGGGAGGUUCCAUCUUCGUGCUUCACGCGUGCGCCCACAACCCCACAGGCACCGAUCCCAAUCAGGACGAAUGGAAGCAGAUGGCAGAGAUCAUGAAGAGGAGGAAUCUGUUUGUGUUCUUUGACUCGGCCUACCAAGGCUUCGCCUCUGGCUCGCUGGAGAAAGACGCGUGGGCCAUUCGCUUCUUUGUGUCUCAGGGCUUUGAACUCUUUGUGGCUCAGUCCUUCUCCAAGAACUUUGGCCUCUACAACGAGAGGGUGGGCAACCUGACGGUGGUGGCGCGAGACGGCGACAACCUGGGCCGCAUCCUCUCUCAGAUGGAGAAGAUCGUGAGGACCACCUGGUCCAACCCGCCGUCGCAGGGGGCUCGCAUCGUCAGCAAAACACUCAACUGCCCCCAGCUCUUUGCAGAAUGGCAAGCUAACGUAAAGACGAUGGCCGACCGUGUGCUCCUCAUGCGGGACCAGCUCAAGUCCAAGCUGCAGGCCCUCGGAACGCCGGGAACAUGGGAGCACAUCACCCAGCAGAUCGGGAUGUUCAGCUUCACGGGCCUCAAUCCCAAUCAGGUGGCGUUCAUGAUCAAAGAGAAGCACGUGUACCUGAUGGCGAGCGGUCGCAUCAACAUGUGCGGCCUCACCUCCAAGAACCUGGACUACGUGGCGCAGUCCAUCCACGAUGCCGUCACCCAGGUCCAGUGAGAAGGAACACGCCCUCUGUCGCCCUCCCGUCCUGCUCCCCUCGUGGUGCCCGUGACGUUACAGUCAGGCCAGUAACAAAACGCUUUGUCCACGUUGUGCAUCCUCGCGCUAAGCCCAGUGUUUCGCAACCUUUAUAGAGCCAACGCACAUAUUUUACAUUGGAAGAAUUCCACAAAAAAAAGAAAAAGUAGCAACCCUGCCACCAAUUGCAAAAUAACACAACUGACACCCCUCCAAAAUGUUUUUAUUCCCAAAACGUAUUUAUAUAUAUAUAUAUUGUAAGCCACAGUAACAUUAUGCACAGUUUCAACAUUAACACUGCGCUUAAAUAUUGGAAAAUAUUUAAUAAUUACUCAAUUAAAAUUUAUUGCACAUAAAUGUUAAAUAAAAACUACCAAAAUGUUUAAAAACAAACCUUUCUUAAAAGUUAAAUGCAAAUGUAUUUAACUUAAAAAAAAAAUAAUAAAUAAAGAAAGAAAAACUUCAACCCAGCUGAACUGUAUACCACGAAACUGUAAAUACAGUACUCAUUCGUGUACUCGCGGUUCGGCACCCGUGGAUUCACCAAUUCACAGAUUUUAUUUUAUUUAUUUUUUUAAAAAUAUAAAUACAAUAUUUAUUUAGUUUUUUUUCCAAUGAAAUUUUAAUGGGCGUCAACUCUCUGUUUACAUUCUGGCCCGAUCACUGGAUACCACCAACUACAAUUCAAUAUCAUUUGUAACUCUUCUUACAACAUCAGACUCAAAAGUAGCAAUUUGAGGUUUUUGUUUAGGUGAGUUUUAUUUUUAUUUUUUUUACAAUGCAUUACCAUUUAAAAAUAAAUGGUUGCAGAUAAUUUGAUCUCCCCAAAAAAUUCACUGAAUGUAUUUGUUGGCCUUUGGCGCCGUCGUGUAUCAUCUUUGGGCAUAACAUGGAGCACAAAAAUGCACAGAAAACAGACCCAAAAAAAAUGUGAAUAGCGAACCACAAAUAUGCGGGGGACUUCUGGUCUUACUCAUCUCAAUUUACAAAUUUACUGACUGAAAUCUAUUUUAAAUUGAACAUAUAGCUGUUAUUCUGUUGUAUAAAUAAUGAUAAUUGUACCGUUUGCUAGUGUAAGAACAAUUCAUUGUUCUGCCUGUUACUAUUCGUCACUGGCAUAGAUAAAUGAACAAGACGCAUUAUUUGUACAUUUUGGGUUGGGAAUUACUGUUAAACUACGCUGCGCUAAUCUAGGUUAGUCACCUGCCGCUGUCAACUGUGGACAGACGUCAUCACGUGUCAUUAAACAGGUCAUGUGUGUCCUCAUGUAAACGCUCCUGCUUCACACACACACACUUAAAAGUACACUGAAAUUGUUAAUUAAAACAAAUAGAAUAGGAAAGAACAAUUUCCUCUUGCCGAUUCUCCCCCAAUGAAACGGGUCAUUAAUUAAUUGUCGUCCGUAAUUGUGUACCCUUGAUUUUGUCACACAGACCCUUCUUAAAGGCACAGUACACGCCGCACGUGUUUGCAGGGUUCUCCAAUAUGGUGUAUUUGAUGUUGCCUUUUAAAAGUGCUUGAUUUUUUUUUUUUUUUUUUUUUUUUCUUUCACCACCAGUGUAAACAAUCAAAUAAUGUAUUUUGCGUGUUACAUGGAGAAAUCAAAUAAAAGCUCUACUUAAAAAUGA